AUGAGCAAAGGAAAAUUUUUAGGUGAGUAUGAAAAAGGACAGAUUGAUGCUUAUUUUCAAAUAGGAAAAAAUAUUAAGCAAAUAAGUGCUAUAUUGGACAGAAGCAGGACCGCAAUUAGAAAUUACCUGACUUUAAAGAAUGUAAAUAAAAUUACUAGCAAAAAAGGAAGAAAAAGAGCUCUUUCUUUUAGAACAGUUAAAAAAAUUCAAAGUAUGGGUUCUAAUAAAGCCAUAACUAUUUCUAAAAUUAAAGCUGAUUUAGAUUUAUCAGUAUCAAAAUCUACUGUUUUAAGAGCAAUUAAAGAAGAUAAUAAUCUUGUUUAUAAAAAAAUGAGACAGAGUCCGAAUUUAAAGGAAGUGCAUAAAUUA